ACACCUCUUCGUCAGUUUUAUAUGAGCAGCAACCAGUUGCGAAAGAACAGCUGCUAAUUUUGAGGCCAAAAUGCUGAAGAAGAUGUUGACCCUCUUGGCCAUCGCAACGUUGGCUGUAAUGCUGCCGACCCUACCGGGCUGCCAAGCCGACGGGUGUGGGUGUCCCCCACUGUGGACCCCUUUUCAACAUAACUGUUACAGGUAUUUCUCGGUGAAGAAUAUCACUUGGCUUGGAGCUGAGAUGCACUGUUCAAGUUUCUCCGUUCCUUGUACUGGAAUCGAUGCUCCCCUUAGCCUGGGACAUCUCACUUCUAUACAUUCUAAAGAUGAGAUGGAUUUUCUUGCAGUGCUAUAUGAAGACCUCCGCACUAAAGUGAUAACGUCCUUUACUAGAGUUUGGAUUGGAUUUCAUGACAAGAGUACAGAAGGUAGUUGGGAAUGGAGUGACGGCUCGAGCGUAGACUACAAGUAUUGGGAUACUGAUCAGCCGAACAACUAUGGAGGAGGGCAAGACUGUGCCGAGUUUCACACGUCCAACGAAUAUAAGUGGAAUGAUCUUGACUGUGACACAGACAACGACAGCGAAUUCACUGUGACGGGUUAUAUCUGUAAGCUGCCACAGUGGUAAUGUGUGGAAAUGCCACAGUUUUACUGUAUGGAGGGUUCCACUGUGGUCGUGUGGAAUAUAUCACAGUGGUAGUUUGUAUCAAGCUCCACAGUGACAGUAUUACCCAGCCCCCGGUCAUUAAGUAA